AACAUGCAUGGGGUAUGCAUAAAGCCCUUUAAACGUGACUAAUGGUUAAGACUGCACCUAACUAACUUACUAACUUAAUGACCUCAUUAAAGUCUUACAUUUUGCAGAGAAAUAAAGGAACAUAUAAAAAAGAAAAUACACGUUCGUCAUAUUCUUGGCAUUCAAUCACCCGUUUGAUUUCUCUGGAGCAUAGUAGUUAUGUAAGUCGUUUGGUGAGUUUUGUUAAUAACGUGAAAAAGCAUGCGAUUGGACGACGAGCCUCCAGGACUCCCCCGCGUAAUGACGCAACCACAUCUGACCUCGUUUCCACCAUAAACUGGUUGGUGGUCAAACAUAAUCUAAGUUGAAAAGCCAAAUUCUCAAUGAGAACAUGACGUCAAAGAUACGGAAUUGAGGCUACGUUUAGUAUUUCGAUUUAAGCACGCUUUAAGAGUGCUGUUUAAAAUCCCGAAACUCCAAGCGCUCAGAUCUUUCGUCACAAACCUCUCAAGAACGAAUGAAUAACGUGCUGCAACGCGGAGCGCAUGCUGAACGCAAUUGCUUAGCUUUGCUAAAAAAGUGCUACUGCGAUGCGGCAGUUGUCAGGGGGAUAUCGGAGAGGAGGGUGCGCGAUUGGCUGAGGCGGCCGUGUUGCCUUGGCGACGGCAGGGGGGGUACGGAAGCGUUGCCGUGCGGCGUGAUCUCCGCGCUGCGUGGAUGGAGGAAGCAGCUGCUGAUCUUUUGACACAGCGCGAGCGAAGGGCUACUGCAUGAAAGCACGGGAGCUUUUGUCGUCGAACGCGACAAUAGAAUGCACGAAUAUCCUCCUGGUUUGAUGGGUCCGAUAAUUGGGAUGUCUCCAGAUAAGAAAGCUGAAUCCCCUGGAGCUCAGGGCGUAUGUGGAGGAGGGACUCUCCCUGAGGCAGACAGCGCUUCUAGUCCCAUGGCCACGAGUCUGGACCAGAUCGGUCGAGCUGGAGCUCUGAGUGUCGCUGGAGGUGAAUCUGAAGACGACGAGUUAACCAACCUGAACUGGCUUCAUGAGAACUUGCUGCAGAACUUCACUCUCGGUGGACCCGAGGCGCAAGCAAACAACAGCCCGCUGUUUGACAUAGAGGGAGGCGGAGGAUCGCCAAAUAGUACCAACACCUCCUCGGCCUCUUCAGUUUCGGCAGGGAGCGGAGGAGAUCCUUACAAGUCAAAGCCUCCCUUCUCUUUCUCCUUACUGAUUUACAUGGCUAUCGAACAGUCUCCCAGCAAAUCUCUCCCUGUGAAGGACAUCUAUGGCUGGAUCCUCAAGCACUUCCCAUAUUUCUCUAGCGCCCCUACUGGCUGGAAGAACUCGGUGCGCCAUAACCUUUCCCUCAACAAGUGCUUCUGCAAAGUGGAGCGAAGCAUAGGGAAGACCAAUGGGAAAGGCUCUCUUUGGUGCGUUCACCCUGAGUUCCGGCCCAUGCUGAUGCAAGCUCUGAGGAAGCAGCACUUCCCGAACGCACACGUCUUCUGCACCCCUCCCGCCUCUCCCCCUAGUGCCUCUUCUCCUCCUCAUCACCUUUUCACGUCAGAGCAGGCCUGCGCCCUAAAAGAAUGUGAUUUUGACGCUGCCACCGCCAUGAUGCUGUUAAAGUCUGCCUCUGAGCAGAACAUUGACUCAUAUGACCAAGAUGGACCCAUAGAUCUUUCACGAAGGGACGUGGUGGUUGUGAGCCGGGAUCCAAAGCAGGAUCACAAUUACAGCAGCACCCCCACACCUCCCUGUCCUCUUCAAAAACCUUCACAUCCGCUUGACUUCAGCCUGGGUUUGCACCACGAGCAGGAUAAAGCAGUUCGGGGCCGACGGUCACGAAGCCCGCAGCAGGGCCCGUUAUCAGGGAAGAGGAGCAGGAGAGAUUCUCGGCCUGAGGUGGACGAGGAGCUGAAGGAGGCUGCCGGUUCGCUCUUGCACCUGGCCGGCAUUCGCACCAGUUUAGUCGCCUCGAGACGCAAGAGCAGGAAGCUCAGUAGAAAAUGAUCCCCAACCCUGCGAACUGUCUUACCACACCCCUAUUCUGUGACUUAAUCCUGUGGCCUACCCAACCUCUCUCUUCUGGUUUGGUGUAUCUUCCUUCAUGUUGAAAUAUUUUUUGUUUUUUUAACCACUCAUCAAACACGGCAAUACAAACACAGGAGAGAAAAGCCAUACAGAUCAGAACAAACAGCCCGCAUCAUUUGAGUUUAUCAGUGAGUGUUUAAAGAUGUUAAUUCAACAAAAAAAGUGCAAGACUAGUAAAAAAUACUUCAGACUUUGAAGAUUUGCAUGCUUCCACCUUUAAAUCAACACAAACGUAUUUAUACAGAAAAUGAAUGCAUGGAUUUUAAGAGCUCCUAUGUCCUCUCCUGUUUGUGCAUCAUAGAUGGGGAAAAAAAUGAAGAUAAUUUUUUUGAAAGUGCCAUUGUUUUUGGAUCACAAGACCUUUGUUCAUAAACGUGAAAUGAAGAGAAAUGCAAUAAUUAGUUGACCUAAAUACCUGUAGUUAUUUUAUUUUUGUACUGCUGGUUUAUAUCCUGUGUGAUGGUGACGGCAUGCCCCUGGGAGCCUUUUGCUGCCGCAGUUAUGAUGUCAAAACCAUGUGACUUCUCCUGUGCGUUCUAAAUGGAUUGGUUUUGCAUCCCCAACCACUUUGACUUAUGGGGAAAGCUGGAGAACAGAUCGAACACUUUUCCUUGCAUGCACAUCAACCUCAGUGUUUCUCCAACGCUACUGAUCCCCGUCACCAGGUGUCGUACCAUCAUACGCUGCACUGACAUUAUUAUUCUGUCCGUGUGCGUAUUGCUUGCUAUUGGAGCUAAUCAUUAAACGCCAAUCACAACAAGAAUUUUACCUCUACUGAAAGAAAUUUAAACCACUUUACCUUCAUUGCUUAUUGACAUUUUGUUGGUGCAAUGUGUCUUCAUUGUCGUGUUUAAUUGCUACAAUCUGUGUGACGAUGCCUCCAGUAGGGGGAGCUGUGCAGCUUAACAUUUUCCUCCCCAAUCCAACCCUCCGGAGAGUUCCCAACGCUUGAGAGGAAACCAGAGACAAUGUGAACUGCACAACUAAUGGUCCUGCAAAGGAGCAAAAACAUUUUCUGCAGCUCACAUAUGGGGCUGAUUGAGGGGUGAAGUCAUAGGAACAGAACCACAGGACGUGAAAUUAAAUUUGUGUAGCAAGGAGCUGGAAGGUGAUUGGAGAGUCAGCCGCACACAGGAACAUGACAGGAGCAUAGCUGGAUGAAGACUGCAAACUUUUUCGGUUCCAGUUAUAUCCUCCUGUUUGUGUUCCCUUUGAGAUCGCCAGAGUUGCUGCUCACAAAAUUUGCCUGGCUGUGUGUACUCUGUGACCCUGAACCUUUGUUUGAUUCGAUUGAGUUUUUAAGUAUUUGUUUGAGACUAUGAUGAUUUUAUAUACCCAAGCAUGUGAAAUUGUAAAAUAUAACUGCCACCCCCUCACGCUGACAUAAUAGAACCUAGAACUUUUGUUUGAGUUCAAAGUGUCAAAACUGCCUAUGCUUAUAAAGUUAUUUCCCUGUCACUUUAACUGUGGCUGCCAAUUUCUAGACGUUCCCUGCUCAAGCUGUGCAUAGUGCUGAUACAGAAUGCAAGAAGUAUUAAUGCAAGGAGGGAGCAAGCAGUAGUUUUAGAUCCUGAGGCCAAUUCUAAAAUAAGCUGCCUAAUUGUUCUUAUUAUAAUUAUUAUUAUUAAAAUAUUGGCCGCUAACUGAGUUGCCACUUCCCGAUCAGUUUGUCAUUUUCAUCUGCCACGUGUUUGUGGCAGACCGAACCGGAUUUUUGAUUUUGUAAGCUAACCUCUGUUAAUAAAAGGUUUAUAAAGUUUAUUUUUGCCAAAGAUAUGCAAUUGUUGCAUUAUAUAUGGUAUUAAAGAAUAAAAGAGUUCCUUCUUUUACUGA